AUGACGCUCAAACAAUCCAACGCAAGGCAAGCUUUACCUGCUAACUUCCAACCAAUUUCUGGCAGCAUCAAGGAUGACACAAAACAACUUGUGUCUAAGAGAAAACAGUUCAGAAGUUGGCUGCACAACCUCAAGGAGCAAUCUUUCUCGGGUGACAUCAGUGAUGAUGAAACAGUUUUCGUCGAUAUCGAAGACGCCUGUUUGAGUUCAGCUAACCCAUUGUCUUACGUUCCGGUGCUUUCUGCCACAGAAGCUGAGCUUUUGAUCGAUCCAAGAUGUCAGCCAAAAGAUCAACCUCACGGUCGUAGGUUGAAAACAUUUUUGAGAGAGCAUCUUAAAAGACCUUCAAGACGCAGCGUCAAAUCUUCCAGGCGGGGACCAAAGCAGGGAAAUCACGAAGAUAACUCUUCCAUUUAUAGUAUGCAAACCGAUGAUUUUGAAAUCACAGCUGAUUCCGUUGAGGACGCGGAAAAGCAAGGUGCGACCAAAUCACUUAGCAAUCCCACCAAGGCGGCUAAAUUUGAAUCCCUUAGUUCGGUCCACAGUGGCAUUUCGAAUGGUUCCCAAACCGUGCGAUUGAGCUCUAAGGCUUUGAAAAUCUUGAGAAAUCCUGAGCUGAAAACUGACGUUAAUAAAAGGACAGAGGCACCAAGGCCCAGAGACAAUGGUGAGAUCGACACUCGAAAUCCUCCCGAAAAUAAUAACCAUAACAAUAAUAAUAAUAAUAAUAAUAUGACUAAUAAUAAUAAUAGUGAUGAUGAUGAUAAUGCACACGGAAAUGUUGGUGGAGCUUCUCGAAAAUUCAAAACUGAAUUUAUUGUUGGCCACAAUAACGUACGUAUUGCAAGAAAGGAUCUCGCUAUUACCGCGCCAGGUAAUUCUGAGGCUUGCGACACUGUUGAAAAAGAGGCCAGCAGAAAUAAUAACAGUGUAUCGCGCUUUGGCGCGGGGGAAAUCGAAGCCACCAAAUUGAAAGCAGGCGAAGCCAAGACACCGUUGUGUCUUGAUUCCUUGUCAAAAGAAGAUGCAAAGCAGGAAAGUCUAAAAAGAUCUUCAGAGGCCGUGGUUGGCUCUAGAAGUGAGCUGAAGCGCCCUUGCAUUGACAAAGAGCUCGAUGAAGAAAGUGACAAAGGAAACGAAGAUGAUUGUUUCUCUCAUGAUAGCUCUUCGGCAUAUUCUGACACUCCUUCGUUUGACAAAUCAACAAUUCAACGUCCUUCGUCGUUGGCAAACAAUCCACAAAUGAUGAGGAAUCCUUAUACUGAUGAUACGAGCGAUGCAAGCGAAAUUCAAAUGCGACAAUCGACGGAAACGGAUCACAAACCUGUGGUCACCAAAGACGCCAGAGAACCUGCAAAUUAUCUUGACACGCCAAAAGUAAAAACUCCUAAAUUCACACCGUUGUCCAAGCUCAACAAGGACAAUUCUGAAAUCAUAACCACUUCACCUAUUGAGGACAAAAUAUAUGGGGUUGUGGAGAAAUUAAAGUCGGUUGUUCACCAUCAGCAAGUCACGAACAAUGCCACCGGCAGCGGAGUAAAUGCAAAUGGCAGUCGUUCAAAUUCUGUGAAAAGACGACAGCCUUUUAAACCUUCAAAAAGCGAGGACUUCGAGACUCAAAGACUGCGCGUUCCAACAUUCCGACAAAGUCUUCGUAAAAUCGAUGCGUUGGGAUUAUUUGAGGAUGUCAGAAAUGGUACACUGACUGAGAGGGAUUUAUUCCAUUUAUCCAAGACCAAGCUUGACGAGCCAUAUGAUUUCCGCGAUAGUAGGUUUUUUGACGAGCAAUCAUCGCCUUCGGACACUUCGAAUAUAUCAAAAGCACUUUAUGGUGAAAACCUGAUCUCCAGUGUCAAAUUCGACAAGUUUUCACAACUUCUGAUGUAUGACGUUAGGAAAACUAGUAGAUUUGAGAGACCCGAAACUUCACAAUCUUUUAAAGCUGUGAAAGUAUUCAGUAGGGAUGGUAGACUUUCACGUUCACUGUCCGAUAGUGCCGCAGAUGUUAAAAGACGAAGUUAUAAUCAUCGCAGGCCCAUCCUUAAGCGUAAAACAAACGACCGUGCUGGAGAAGAGUCUUUAAGAGCCGAGGAUUGCGACCGGGUAGAUGUUAAUGUAUUUCUAAAAUUCUUUGAGAACCACGAAGCACGUCGUCGUACCGAAGAAAACCGAUUGAGCAAGAUCCGUGCACAACAGUUAACCAAUUAUUAUGCCAACGACCACAUGUAUAACUCUGUUCAAAAUGGGGACGUUAAGACCGCCAUGAUUGACUUCAAAAGAAGCAAGAAAGCGACAGAGAUAAAUAUUGGACGUGAACUACAAGACCCCAACAAGCGAAUUAUGAGUUGUCCACGAGAGGUUCAAUGGCAAAAAAUGCACAAGGAAAGUUCUAUUUCUCAAAGCUGCUUUUAG